CCCCAGAACCCGCUAACUUUUAGGGCAGAGACUGACCAACGGCUUACAUUUGUCCAAGCCGUCCCUUCCUCCGCACGCCUUCUAAAUCCACCCGCACCCGCCGCGUCGCCUCCCUCCCCACUGUCUUCCUGCCCCGACACCGUGACACUUGUACCACACGUCAACCACAUCACACUCGAACGUCUUGUCGACCCAUUCCCAAGGAUCCGGAUGCUGCCGGUCUGACACGCUCUUUCUGUGAUCCCCUUGUGGGCCCCGCACCGCUCCGCGCAGUAGCACAACCAAUCGAUAGCGACGCAAAACCAAGCCACCGUCAACAUGCCCGGAAUACUACCCAUGAAAGUAAUCAAGGUCGGGUCGAGCAGCCAGGCCCGCAUUGCACAAGCAUGCGACCGAUGUCGCUCCAAGAAGAUACGAUGCGACGGCGUUCGCCCCAGCUGCACACAAUGCACCAACGUUGGCUUCGAAUGCAAGACUAGCGACAAGCUCAGCCGCCGAGCGUUUCCCCGAGGUUACACAGAGUCUCUCGAGGAGCGAGUGCGAUUGUUGGAGGGGGAGGUUCGCGAGCUCAAGGAGCUGCUCGACGAGAAGGACGAGAAGAUUGACAUGCUCUCGCGAAUCCAUUCACAUUCUCCACAAGGAUUCUCGCACGCACGACGACCGUCUUUACCAUCAGCAGCCGUCUUGGAAGCUAGGGAGGAAUCGCAAGAGAAAGACGACACUUUCAGAGUGCAACAGCCUCCGCUGCUCGUGGACGACGAGAACUGCGACUCGUACUUCGUCGGCAGCUCAAGUGGACGAACCUUCGUUGAGGCUUUCAAGCAAAAGGCACAGGAGACUGGACGACUCAGCGCCGAUGUCAAGUCAGAUGCCUUCUUUGGCGCAGCGGCCAAGGCCUCUGCAUCCUCGUCAGAACGCGCUGUAUCGUUCAAGGCUCCGCCUCGACUGGUGUCAGAUCAGUUGAUCAACAUCUUUUUCCAGGAGUGGGCGCCCUUGUUUCCGGUCCUUCAUCGUCCAACCUUCCUUGGCUUGUACGAGCAGUAUGUUUCUAGCCCCGAAGAACUGACCGACAAGAAAUCCAUCGCACAACUGAACCUUUGUUUCGGUAUUGCUGCGCUGUCAAGUGACGCACGCGAUGGCGAGGACGUUGCGUCAUUUGAGGCUCAAUGGCAAAGCGCUGUUGAUACUUUCCUGAUGGACAACGAUCUUGCCACAUUACAGUGCCUGGUUCUUGCCCAAAUCCACUGCCUCCUCACAGGUGACUACUCUCGUGUGCUCAAGUACAAGGGAUUGGCUGUUGGUCUAUCCCAACGCCUUGGACUGCACCAGUCUCAGAAGCGCUUCGCACUCGGCGCACUUACUAGCGAGACAAGGAAGAAGGUGUUCUGGUCCUUGUACACUGUCGACUGCUUGUCUGCCGCACACCUUGGCCUUCCCAAACUAAUCAGGGACGAGGAUGUUCACUGCGAGUACCCAGUCGAUGCAGACGAUGAGUAUGUCACAGAGAAAGGUUUCCUGCCGACCCUGCCCGGAGAGUCGACGAAGCUCUCGAGCGCGUUGGCUCUGUUCCGCCUGUCGCGCAUACUUUCCCGAGCUUUGGCCGAGCUAUACCCGACCUCGUCGGCACACGACAUCGCAUUCCGUACUGUGGCGUCCCUGACGGACGAGCUUGAAGAGUGGCAGAAAAACCUAGCUCCUCAUCUCAGGUUAACGUUCGCACAAGAUAAACCCAGCACGAACGUGACGAGUAGCAGGGCACCAAUCCUAUCCCUGGCAUACUACCACAUCCAAUCUUUGAUUUAUCGCCCCACUGUUGUCGCCGAUCUUGGCGACAAGGGCUCGUCUGCGCUGGUUGCCGUUGGCGAUGCUUGCAAACACAUUGUACAGAUCGUGCAGCUGCUCGACGAGCGCAAGCUUAGCUUUUCCUUCUGCCUUAACCGCAACGAGGUGCUUGUUCAGGCUGGAUUCGGUCUGCUUUUCCAGACUCUCAACCUUGCUCGCGAUGGCAAGCUGAUCAAGGAUUGCAAUCGUCUCGUCUGCUCUGUCAUGGACAUGCUCGAUAGCGGCGGAGCCGCUGGCUCUAUGGAGUUCCGUCGUAUCGGAUGCUCCAUGAUCACAGUCCCGCGAGUGGGACCUACACUUUCUCGACACAGUUCGGAAGGUGGCAUGGGUGCGCCAAUGGACACCCUGCGUGCCACCCAGAAGACACUCAAAGCCAUUGCAGCUCGCUUGACAGGUGCUACGAGGUCUGGCCGCCACGAUGUACAUGAGGCUCGACGCGCCACUUUGCCGACCCUCUCGCCCAAUGUUGGUGUGCAUGGCAACCCAUCCUCUACCAGUCUUUCGUCCAUCCGGUCGGAACCACACAUUGCGCGAUCUGAGCCCAACAUGAGUCCACCGAUCCACAACCGCGCUUCCUUCUCGAUGUCUAACAAGCGUCGUCCGAAUUUGACACCGCAGCCUGCUGCGCCCCGUAACAUCGACUUCCUCGCGUUCAGCAAUGAGGCUCUGGCGAAUUACACCCUCGGCCCUACAAGUGUUAAGACUGAAGUAUCAACCUCAGAUUGGGAACGUCUGCUUGGCUCACUGGACGGCGGCCAAACUAAUAUCUACGAUAACAUCUACGGUGGCCCAGCGGCUGAGGCUCUACUCGACGUCGGCCCUCACUCUACGGCUACGACCACCGACAGCAACGCCAGCUGGUCACCCGACACCUGGGACUGGAACAGCUACGGAACAGCAGCACCUCCACAGAGUGUGCUCAGCUUCAGUGACGAGAGUCUGACCAGUGGCGAAGAGUUCAGCAGCAACCCUUGGGAUUCAGGCACACCGAGUAGCGACAGGAUGUACGCUGGCAUCGUGAUACCCGACAUGAGCACACCGACUGGACUGGCAGGACUCGACGGCAACUUCGGAUUAUAAAGCAACGAUACCAUUUGACGACUGUAUUGGAGUUGGGGAACUGGAGUUUCUGGACCGGGAUGUUGGUUCAAGUUUGCUUCAAGUUGAGAUACCACUUUCUUCGCAAGAGCGAGAUAUUAUGCAAUGCUGUACAGGGCUGGUGUUUUUUAAUCUACGUAAUCUUCUUGGAUACACUCGGCAACAAAAUACAUGGGUUU